CAGCAAUGAUGUUUGCCAGGCGGCUUGCUGAUGGUGGACAUGAGGGCCUCCACUCCAGAGCGGGGCUCCAAGACCCGCAUCUUCGAGAUGCGGAUCAAGGAGCAACAAAUCACCGGGCAACGCUUUGCGCCUCCACCGCUUCGCUCUCCUCAGCCCCGGCUGAAACGACCCGAGUUGGAAGGAGCGGUCAAGAGACCAGAGAUAGCUGCAGAAGUCCGACUGAUUCAGCCCUGGUUCAAUCUGCUGCAGCCAUGCAAAGAUUGCUUUACCAGCACAUUUGAUGAGGCAUGGAGCCUCUCCACCAGCCGCGAACAUGUCUCCGGCAUUCGAAGUCCCAGGACCAGGAGUCAAUCGCGAACCCCUGGACUGGAAAGCCGAUCCAGUGCUGACAGCUCGCGGCCCACGAGUUCGCAGGUUCCACUGCUGCCGAGACCCAGGCGCUUGGAAGACGAAGAUGCUGCCACAGUUUGGCCCCCCGGCACGGCUCGCUGGCGGCGGCUCCAAGUGCAGCGCACGGUGCAACGCGAAGAGCGCAGCGAGCGCAGCGAGGGCAGCGUUGCAGCGGUGGUGCCGCAGCCGGAGCCGGAGAAGGCAGGCAGGUUGUCCCCUCAGCCACCUACGAAGCCGCGCAAAGUGAAGCCGCGGCCAAAGCCCAGAAGCCGGCGAUGGUGGGAGCUGUAACCAGGCCAUAGCCACAGCUGUGGAGGCAUGUUGACAAUGGACAUCUCAAAGGAAACCAUACGGUGC